AUGGUUGAAGACUAUAUCCCUGUGGCAUCUCUGUCACUGACACACGUCAACUAUAACCCGGAAGACCCUCUCUCCUACCUCUGCGCCUUUCUUGCACUUGUUCCGCAGGCCCUAAUAAUCUCAUAUGUAUCACUAUGCUGGGCCACACGGGAAGCAGAAAUCAUCUUUAUGCUUGCUGGCCAGCUAUCAUGUGAAGUUCUGAAUUUUGGAUUGAAGAGGGUGAUUAAACAAGAGAGACCGAACCAAAUGAAUGGAAAGGGAUAUGGGAUGCCAUCAUCUCAUUCUCAAUUUAUGGGAUAUUUCGCCAUAUUCUUCACCCUCUUCUUGCUUGUCCGACACACCCCUUCCUCGUCAAUUCGGUCUGGCUACAUUAGCAUGGUGGAACGUGUUGGCCUAUCCGCGCUGGCCUGUGCGGGUGCUCUGGCCGUUGCUCUGAGUCGUAUAUAUCUAAACUAUCAUACUCUAGAACAAGUGAUGGCUGGAACUGCCAUCGGAGUGGUUUAUGGAUUUACCUGGUUUGGAAUCGGAAGCUUUUUGCGGAAAAGCGGCUGGCUAGGAUGGGGCUUAGGUCUGCCGCCGGUUAGAUACCUGAGAAUUCGGGACCUUCUCCCCCAUGAAGACCUAGCCGAGAGUGGCUGGCAGCGCUGGGAAAACAUGCAACAGGAAUCCAAAACUAGAGACAAAAAAGAGUCUACUAGGAACUCAGCAAAACAGCGUAGCAAAACAUCUCACAUAGAAUGA